AUGGCUACCAAAAUCAUGCUCUAUGGCGGCUCUGGCUGUAGCAGUGGGCUGGCAGCCGAAGAAAUGGUCAACCUCAGCCUCGAUUUCACCGUUGCCGGGCUAUCUGCUGACAAGGUGCAGUCUAAGGCCGCCGCUCUCAGAGCCGGCUCUAAGGUCUUUGCGCUCGGAUUGCCCGCAGAGGUCGAUGAGGCCAUUAAGGUCUUCACCGUCGCCUUCAACGUAAUAAGCCGUGAAGAUGCCGCUCUGAUGCGACCAUGCUCCUUGAGAAGUUCAAGCUUACGACUUGAGUACGCUCAAACAUGUAAAGGCACCAAGGAUGAGUGA